AUGAUGAAUGUCCCAGACAUCUCCCGGCAGCGAUUCACGGGCAAGGUCACUCGGUUUCAUGCAGAGAGAGGCUGGGGCUUCAUAGAUCUCAACGGCACCGACAUUAUGGUUCAUGUCAACGACUGCAAGCCAGAAGAUGUCGAGCUUUUCACAGGUGGCCAGCCAAGACCUGGAGACAUCGUUUCUUUCGAGGUCGAGCCACGCAAGGACAACCCUGGCCACAUGCAGGCCAAACGAGUCAUGGGUGGGACGGACGAGCGCUGCUGCAACACAAAAGGCAAGGGCCAAGCUGCCCCAGCGCAAGGCACCGGAAGGCACUUUGGUGUCAUCAAGGCUUUCAACACGAAAGGCCUUGGCUGGGUGCAAUGCAUGGAUGGAUCAACUGCCUGGAUAGAGCUGGCCGACUGCAUCGGCUCACGGCCGGUCACAGGUGACCGGGUCCAGUUUGACCUGCAGCCCUGCGAAGUGAAGCCAGGGAAGAUGCAGGCAGUCAACGUUACUGGUGGCACGGCCCCAAUGGAUCUUAAGGAUGCAGUUUUGGGCAAAGACAUGGCCAAGGCCAAAGCAGCUGCGCCAGCCCCUGUACUCCAGCUGAAGCGAAAUGCGAACGGCCACCUAGUCGGUUGUGUGUGCGCAGCAUGUCGACAAAGUGGUAUGUCAGACAUCCCCGUCAUGACGACGACGGCUGCGCAAAACUCUGUGAUCGAACCUCCUGCGAGCAAUGCAGCACUGCCUGGGCCGAAUGCGGGCAUCGCCCUUCCCAGCAUGAUGCAUGAAGCACCGAUGGCAGGGAUGAUCAAGCAGCGCAUGUCCGGAAGUAACAGAUCUAGCCCCUAUAGCGGGGGCAUGGGGAGCAUGGGCAGGCUGUACUAG